AUGCUAGCUCUCUUCACUUCACUCAGAAAAUCCGCAGUCAUUGUUUAUUUUUCGUGCACUGUGUACAGCGAUUUUUUAUUUAAUAUUGCGUUUCGUUGCAGAUCUGCCAACUACAACAACGCCACCGGCGCAUGCGAGCUGUCAAACAUGGACCGUAUCACUUUGGCCGGAAGCAACGCAUUCCAAGCUGCUGACGGUAUCGAAUACAUGGAAAACAACUGCGUAGAAGAGCCUACAAAACUCUGUGAAUUCAAGAAACUCAAUGGAAUGAUCCUCAAGACAGUCGAUUCCGUGUACCAAGACGUCGGAUCCGUAGAUGAAUGCAGAGAACUUUGCUUGAAUUCGCCAUACCGUUGCCACUCGUACGAUUACGGCGACACCGGUGAGAUGGUGUGCCGUUUGAGCCAUCACUCCAGAGCCACCUUAGCUGACAUCCAAGACCCCUACCUAGACGUAAAAGAAGCUGCGACCUACGAACUCUCAUCCUGUUACAACGUAAGCAUCGACUGCAGAUCGGGAGACAUGGUGGCCCGCAUCCAAACCAGCAAAGUUUUCGACGGUAAAAUCUACGCCAAAGGAAGCCCCAACUCGUGCGUGCGCGACGUCAACAACAGCCUGGAAUUCGAACUUAGCAUGGCCUACGACAAUUUGGAGUGCAACGUCAGAAAGAAUGGUUUGGGACGCUACGUGAACGAUGUGGUCAUCCAGCACCAUGAUAAAAUUGUAACCAGCUCGGAUUUAGGGUUGGCUGUCACGUGCCAAUACGAUUUGACCAAUAAGAGUGUCACCAAUGAAGUUGAUUUGGGUGUUCAUGGAGAUAUUACACCAGCACUGUCAGAAGAAGUUACCGUCGAUUCGCCGAACGUAGCGAUGAAAAUCACAGACCGCAGUGGAGGAGACGUUAUGCCGUCAGCCGAAGUGGGCGACCCCUUGGCCCUCAGAUUCGAAAUCUUGGACAAGAACAGCCCGUACGAAAUCUUCGUCAGAGAAUUGGUCGCUCUCGAUGGUGUCGAUAACAGCGAAAUCGUCCUUAUCGACUCGAGCGGUUGUCCCACGGACCACUUCAUCAUGGGACCCAUUUACAAAUCCGCAGAAACCGGAAAGAUUCUCUUGUCUCACUUCGACGCAUUCAAGUUCCCCUCAUCAGAAGUGGUGCAAUUCCGCGCUCUAGUGACUCCAUGCAUGCCCACCUGCGAACCGAUCCAAUGCGACCAAGAAGAAUCGUCGGGAGAGCUCCGCUCCGUCAUCUCCUACGGUAAACGCAGGAGGCGUCGUUCCACCGCGGACUCCCACGACGACAUGCUUCUGGUGCAAACCAUCCAAAUCACGGACAAGUUCGGAUUCGACCGCGACGGCAACAAGACCGUCGGCAACGAAGCCGUCUUCAUCCCCAGCUCGGAUCCGGGUCUUUGCAUCAACGUUGCCGGUUUGAUCGUCGCCGCGACCGUCUUCUUGAGCGCCCAGCUGGCCAUCAUCGCCGCCUGGACUUUCGUCUACCAGAGGAGAAAAUUGAGCCAGAAGCUGAACCAAGACAACAUGUCGGUGAGCGUGAGCAUGCCGUCCGGUUUGAGCUCGAACCGCACCGACAGUCUUUGCAAACUGUACGACGGUUACUCUUCCUCGCACUCCCGUCGAUUUUAA